AUGUGUCUCUCUUUCUGGCGCCGUAGGACCGCCCCGACCGACGAAAAGACACAGAAGAAGCGAACCCUCACGAUGCCGCUAUGGUCCUCCUCCAACAAGACCUCCGCCAACACCCUCAAGAAGAUGGUUGGCCUCACCACCCUCCUGGCACCUACACGAGACGGCUUCCACUUCCCGCCCGCCUCUCGACCGAUGCCCAUGAUCAACAUCACAAACGUCGACGGCGCCACCGACCCUUCAUCCUCGUCAUCCGCUGACUCGGACCCCAAGGAGGCGGUCGUUUCGCCCAGUCCCGACGAGAUCCUGCUCAGCCAGGCCAUCCGCGACCGUUUCGAGAAGAUAUUCAACGACCUACGCUCCCGUCGCUCUUCAUUGUCCCGCGAGCCUUUUGUUACCCGCGACCAACUGCUCGUAUUCCUCGAGGGUACCCAGGGCGAGACCGAUGUCGAGGCUGUACUGCCUGAGGAUCAGCAAAGAUACAAUUAUGGCGAAUUCCUGGAGCUAUGGUGGAGAAAUUACGGCUGGGAUGCCACUCGGCCAAUAAAGGAAGAGGACAAGGACUUGGGCCGGCCCAUCACAAACUACUUCAUCAGCAGCAGUCACAACACAUACCUGGAGGGCAACCAGCUUGCCUCCAGGAGUUCACCUGAGGCUUACAAAACGGUCCUUCGCCGUGGAUGUCGUUGUAUCGAAAUCGAUAUCUGGAACGGAGACACCCCUAUCACGACGCAAGAGGGCAGCCGCUCUCCCAAACCUGACCAUUCGAGGAAUCUCUCUGGAUCCUCUCUUCCCAACGUGGCUGCGAGCGUCAAGGAGACGGUAGAAGAUCUCCUAGUCGAACGCAGCACGAACGGCAAUGGCCACAACAGAAACACCAGUAGUGCUAGCAAGUCCCUGAAUCCUCGCGACAGUGCCACUCUACUGGGACCGAGCGAGUCCACCGAGUCUCUCGGCAAGACUCUACGCCCCUCGUCUCCGACUCCCUCUAUGAAGAAUCGCCUGCCGUAUCCCAAGGAUGAACCGAUUGUCACGCACGGCUGGACUCUGACAACUCCCUGCGGCUUCAGAGAGGUCUGCAAGGCCGUCCGCGAGUCCGCUUUCGAGACGAAUGAGCUACCCCUGAUUGUCAGUCUCGAGGUCCAUGCCGACAAGGAGCAGCAGGAGGUGAUGGUCAGAAUCAUGAAAGAGGAGUGGGAAGGCAUGUUGAUCGAUAAGUCGUGGGAGGGCAUUGAUCCCCGUUUCCGCCUCCCCAAGCUCGAGGAGCUGAAGCGCAAGAUCCUCGUCAAGGUUAAGAAGGCGCCGAAUAAGAUUGAGGUGCCUCCCAGCACAACGGCCCUCUCGCAAGUAUUUGCCAACGACGAGGACGCCUCAGGGGGUUCCGACGAUGAAAAAAACAGGGAGGCACCGAAACAAGAGACGUCGAAACCGCCCUCUACACCUAAAUUCGAUGCCCCAGCCAAGGUUCAUAGUGGAAACGAGCCGCCGAAGAGCACAAAGGUGGCCAUUUGCCAGGCACUCAGCAGUCUGGCCAUCUACACCCACAGCGAGCACUUCAAGAGCUUUGAGACGCCGGCGGCUAAGAAGCCGAGCCACAUCUUUUCGAUAAGUGAGAACAGGAUCCUGGAGCUGCAUACGACCAAGGCCCGCGAGAUGUUCACCCACAACAAAAACUUCUUCAUGCGGGCGUUCCCCAACGGCUCGCGCGUCGACAGCUCCAACCCGGACCCCAGUCUCUUCUGGCGCAAGGGCGUGCAGAUGGUUGCUCUCAACUGGCAAUAUCUCGACGAAGGAAUGAUGCUCAACGAGGGCAUGUUCGCGGACGAGCUGGGAUGGGUCCUCAAACCCAUUGGGUACCGGAGCUCUGACAAGGACACGCUGACAGAGGUCGAUGCCGCGCCGCAGGGCGAUUUGGAGCUCACUGUCACCAUCAUUGCCGGCCAGCAUAUCUUUGUCGACGACGAUUCUGCCAGCGACAGCAGCCGCGGCAAGCACCUCCGACCAUUUGUCAAGUGCGAGCUUCACGUCGAGAUUGGGGCGCAGAACGGAAAGGCUGCCGACGAAGACGACUUCAAGCUCAAGACGGGAUCGAAAAAGACUGACCACCCCGAUUGGGAGAAUGGAGCACGACUCAAGUUCCCCAAGAUCUCGAGGGUGGUGGAAGAGUUGAGUUUCCUCAGGUAAGAAAGCUCACAGUUUCGUUUCGUGUUUUCUUGCUUUUUUUUUGGUUUUGAUUCCGCUUUCCCUCAGGCAGCAGCAUGCAUGUCUGGGGCUUACGAGCCUCGACGAUCUUUCGAAACUAUGACUCGAGAAGA